AUGUCUCCCUCCGCAACAGAAUCCUUCUCUGCGCCCACGCAGACCUUCACAUUCGAUGGCAUCCUCUCAGACUUCGAUGGAACAAUUGUGGACUCUACAGCUGCCAUUGUCAAGCACUGGCACAAAAUUGGAGCCGAGUUAGGCGUUGACCCUGAGACCAUCCUGGCCACCUCUCAUGGCCGUAGAAGCAUCGAUACAAUGGCACUCUACGACGAGUCAAAGGCCAAUUGGGAAUACGUGAACUACAUCGAAGGCCGCAUCCCCAAAGAAUACGGCUCCGACGCCAAAGAGAUCCCCGGAGGCCGCGACCUCCUCCGUGCCCUCGAAACCUCCGGCGCCAAAUGGGGCGUCGUGACCUCCGGCACACGCGCCCUUAUCGACGGCUGGCUCGAAGUCCUCGGCCUCACACACCCAGAGAAACUCGUUGUCGCCGAGGACGUGCCUCUCGGCAAGCCGGACCCGCGCUGUUACCUCCUUGGUCGCAAGCAGAUUGAGCUGGAAGAUCCCGAGUCGACCUCUGUUCUGGUGCUUGAGGAUGCGCCAUCGGGUAUUAAGGCUGGAAAGGCUGCUGGGUUCAAGGUGCUUGCCCUUGCGACGACGCAUUCGCUGGAGCAAUUGCGUGCGGCGGGCGCGGACUGGAUUGUUGAGGAUUUGAGGAGUUUGAUUGUCACUGGUGUUGUUGAUGGGAAGGUGAAUGUUGAGAUUCGGAAUGCGUUGCAAUAA